GCUCAAUUGGGAAUACUUAGCAACAAAAAAGAGUAUAUGGAAUUAGCAAUUAGUAAAAUAAAAGAGGAGAAUUUAUCAGUGGCUGAUGCUAUUGAUCAUAUUCUAAGAAAUGCUGAAGAUAAAGAAAAAC